AUGGCCAGGGGCCUCGCGCUCAGCGUUUCGGGAGUAGUGGCCAGCGCCUCCAGAGACCGGACGAGCGCAGGCAUCCGCCCCGUCGAGUGCAGCAUCCGACACAGGGCAUCGGGCGAGAACAGAGAGCCAGAAUACUCCAAGAAUGCGCGAAUCAGGCGAACCCAGCGCCAGUCCGUUGGCAUGAAGGACACCCUCGAAAAUCUUGCGGUGUUUUCUAAAUGA